UAAGUGACACCACCCUGUCUCACGGCACAAUCCUGCUGGGAAGGACUCAGGCGACCACCCAACAGAAAGCGCGCCUAAGAUGUCAUGGCGUCGCAAUCGAAUCUCCCGAGCCUGCAGUGUGCACCUAUGUGCGCUGCGACCUCUUCGAAAAGACGGCUGACGUCCGUACUUCUUAUCCAAAACUCCCGACGAGCCACUCCUGCUCGACAAACUCGAUGGGACUAAGGGUAUUGUGACGCGACGCCUACGCUCACUUUUGAUGAUGCUUGCAGGCUCAAGCCGCUUCUUACCAAGUUCCAGGUCUUUCGCCACCGGGCGCACGCUUCGGGUGCUGAUCGCAUUCGUCGGCAUAGCCAUUGGAAUUAAUCUUCUUGUCCUCUUCGACUGGACUUAUGUCGAAUCCUUACCAAGCGAUAUUCUAGGCAAACAAGCUUUUCACCCCAAGCCAUUCGCGCCGUUACCGCAUGAACACAACGCGCAAGCCGACAAUGGACUGGACUUCUGGACUUGGAACACUACGACACAAUUCAGAAGGAAAGAAGACAUUGACUGGCGGGACGGCGUCACAGACGAAUGCGCUCUCUUUCCAGUGCAUCUGCUCUCGAAGGUUCAGGUCAUCCUGAAGACCGGAUCAGCGGAUGACAAGUCACGAACCGAUGCUCAGCUUUCGACAGUCAUUAAGUGCAUCUCCAAUGUUCUCAUCGUUUCAGAUGGCAGUCAUACCUAUGGCCGCGACCAUCGAACUAUCGACGUUCUCGCAGAUUUGCCACCGAAUACGUACCUGAAGGAAGAGGACUAUAUCGUCUACGAGGCGCAAAAGAACGCAAGCCGACACGGCACGCAUCUACAGCAGGGUCAUGAAGGGUGGAGGAUAGACAAGUACAAGUUUCUGCCGGAAGUGGAAAAGGCGAUUGAUCACAAUAACGCGGCCGAGUGGUACGUCUUCCUUGAGAGCGACACAUACAUCUUCUGGGACAAUGUUUUUCGCCUCUUGGAGAACUACAACAGCUCACUGCCCUACUAUUUUGGAUCGCCUUCACCGGGAAGGACGUACCAUCCUGACGCGCAGUCUGAAGUGGAGAAUCAAGUCUGGUUCGCGUAUGGAGGUGCCGGGUUUAUACUAUCAAAGGCCGCUGCGCAUCGACUCGUUGAUCGCCACCGCAAUGCCCUCGGUCUUAAGGGUCCUCGUCUCACUACGGAAUACAAAGAAGAUAUCAGGGCCGAUUGUUGUGGCGACAGCAUAUUAGGGUGGGCGCUGCACGACAAAGCCGGGAUAGAUAUCAGCGGUCUGUGGCCCAUGUUCAGCCCUCAUAAGCUCGAAAACAUUCCAUUCGGUAAGGACUACUGGUGCGAGCCCGUCAUCAGCCUACACAAAACCGACCCAGCUCUCUACAAAGAGCUCUGGUCAUGGGAGAACGAAUGGAGAGCGAAGUUUGAAGAUCCCAUGCGCUAUCGCAACUUGUUAUACCGCGCCCUGCUCUUCUCCUUGCAAGGCGAAUACCCGCAGCGCGAAAAUUGGGAUGCAGCUUUCGACGCGGGAUUUCAGCUCCCAGAUAGCUCCACAGUCCAUACGAACCUCGAUGCUUGCAGGGUCGGGUGUUCCGAACACGACGAAUGCAUCCAGUACACCUGGCAUGGACGACAUUGCUACUAUGCCAAGGCGUUGUAUAUUGGUCAUGCGAAGCAGCCGGAUGGUCAUCAUGACCCAGAGUACAGGACAUAUGUCAGUGGCUGGGAUUUGACGAAACUAAACGCUCUGGACUUUGGAAACACGUGCGCAGAGGGGGCGCAUUGGGUGAAACCAAGUAUCGAACGGAAGUAUUGAACGCCUGAGAUAUGCAUGCGAGUAGCGACAAGAAGAUUACAGGUAUUGCACGUUGGGGAUUACGAUUCUAUCAUAGAGUGCGACAUUGAUGUUGGUCAUACCUCGACCUCAGUCUUCAACCCCGAUAUCCUUCAACCCUCCUUGCCUCGUCCAAAAGAUCUUCCAAGCAUUAGGCCACCGUUCUUCCUUGAGCCCCCGAAGCCAUUCCGUCACGGUGAUCUCCGUAUCGCAAUACCGGAUAACGCCAUUCUUGAUGCCCUUCCAUCCCUUCAUCGGACCUUUGAUAUAGCGAUG